CUUCUCACAAUCAGGCAUUUUUGGGAAAGCUGUAGAGAAAUGUUCAGAGAAGCUCAGAAAAGAAUUGGAGACAGCAACGCAAACAUAUACUUCAAACUGGCUGCUCAAUUCCGCACACAGGACGAGCCAGCUUACUGCGGACCGAGUACUCUUGUGAUGGUUUUGAAUGCCCUAGAGGUAGAUCCAGGACAAGUGUGGAAAGCGCCAUGGCGAUUCUACCAUGAAUCUAUGUUGGACUGCUGUGUACCGUUGGAAAGCAUCAAAAAGUUGUCGGGCUUGAGCAUCACUUUACUGUAUUCUCAAAUGCCUUAUGUGAACUAUAAAAAUUUAGAUUUUCUGUCUGGUUUGAGACAAGAUUUGUUGGAAUCCGUUCGUGGAGAGAAGCAAGUUGUAGUCGCAAGUUAUGACCGCUCUGUUUUACAGCAAACAGGAACAGGUCACUUCUCUCCACUUGCGGCGUUCCACACGAAGAGCGAUCGUGUUCUGAUCAUGGAUGUGGCGAGGUUCAAGUAUCCGCCUCACUGGGUGGAGCUCAAGCAGCUUCAGAAAGCUAUGUGUUCUAUAGACACGGCCACAGGGAAACCAAGAGGUAUAUUGCUCAUAUUAAAAGUUAAUUUUUACAUUCACAAUUUUCAGUUGUGCUGCCGUAAAUUCGCUCAGUGUUUUUCGUCGCACGCCUUGUGUUGUGAUCAGAAGGAUGUCAAGGAAGACAAGGUAAACUUCGGAUGUCAAGCGGCUUUGUCAGAAGCAUGCCGCACCGUAUGUGCGGAAGUGCGACGAACAAAGAUGGCUAACGUGUUUUUAAGCAGUGCUGUGGCAGCACUCAUGCUGGCUUGGCCAUUCGAGGAUGGCUAUUCAGAACGGAGCGAUCGAUUAGCAAGGCUAGCGAAGGAGGAAGUCAGCAAAUUCUCACCAGACACGAGGAAUGAGAUCUCUCUAUUAACCACCCAGCUCUCCACACUUAUCGAGUGCUCAAAACCACCACCAAAGUUGUCGAUCACAAAUGAAUCGAAACAGUCGAAAUGCUCUUCACAUCAGUCGGGUUGCCGCUGCAAGUUUGACAUCAAGUUAUAG